UUUGACAGCAGAACUACAGGGAGAAUCUAAACAGACCGUAAGUGUGCAGACAGGGUGGGGUCAUACUGAAUUGACCUCCGCAUGGAACGCCGGCUGGUGACACUGCUGCUGUUUCAGGCAGUAUGGAAUGAUGUUCUUGGAAAAAACCAUUCUGUGAACAAAAGAGGACUGCUUGAAUUAUACGGAACCAUAAAAUGUGGCACAAGACGAUUUUCUUUAGCCUAUCUAGGUUAUGGAUGCUAUUGUGGUCCAGGAGGAAGUGGGUGGCCUAAGGAUGAGACAGACUGGUGCUGCCAUGGACAUGACUGCUGUUACGACUUUGCAAAACGACAAGGUUGUAAUCCCAUAACGGAGAGAUAUAAGUGGACUUGUCAGGACAAUGCUGUGGUAUGUGAUGCUAUAUUAAACAGAUGUCAAAAAUUAAUCUGCCAGUGUGACAAAGAAGCAGCUCGGUGUUGGAGAUCUGCACCAUUUAACAAGCACUAUGCCUUCUGGCCAAAUUUUCUUUGCGGCCAAACAUAUCCUGUAUGUGGCUUCAGGAGUAACAGACAUUAAGAGAUUUUUAUAAUAAACCAUUUAAAUUUGAUAAGUUUUCUUUUAAUAUUAGGCCCUUUGCAAAUUAUUAAACUGGUUGUAC